GCGACCCAGGAGAUGCGAACCAUGGUUCGACUGGUGGGGCUCAUGGCUUGUCUCGUGCACUUGGCCGCAGGUUUCGUCAUGCCGGGAAGAUUGGGUUUCUGUUCAUCAAGAAGAAGUGUGCAAGGAAAGUGUUUGCAGAUCAGAAUGGGCAGAUGGGAUAGUCCGACAUGGAGAUGGGGUUACUCCCAAGGAGAUGCGCAUGACUUGGCCUUUCAGCUCAGGACGAAGUUGUUUGACGAGAAUUCUAGAAUGGAUUGGUUGAGAAACUUGGUCAACGGACAGAGCGUAGAGUGGGAAGAUGUCAAAGUCGUGCUCGGACUUUUGUGGCAACGAGCCAACCGUGAAGCUUGGCAAGGCUCGGACUAUUACAACGACAUCUUGAACAGGAUGGUAGCCGCACACUACGAGGGUUCUCAAGAAUCCGACAAAGUGCUCAUGGCAGACAUGGAAGAAGGUUUACAUCGCAUCUCAGCAUAUCAGGACAUGGAUGUGCUCAUGGAGAUCCUUGGGCAGGCAGAUGGAGACUUCACAAGUCAUGACUUCGAUCGGAGGCUCGUUGCCCUGCGAGUGUUUAUGGGGUUCGACUUUGUGAAGAGUGGGAUCUGACAUACAUUGCAAUGUACGAUCACAGCGAUAUUUGAUUCCGAUUUUAUUGAAUCAUAACUUGAAA